GUGGCUUGCAACGAGAGGGGUAGCGCGCAUUGGCAAAGCGGUUUAGAGCGAGGGAGGGAGAGAGCAACUCGACCUAAAAUUGCUCAGAGGAAACUAGUGAUGUAGGUAUCUGUAGAUGAUGACCGGCCACAACCUCUAGCUUAACUGGCCGAAUCCAACCCCAACCAAAGCCCUAGCUGAUCCUUAGUGCUGAUUGCACUGAUUUGGUCCCUCUCGAACUGUAACAAGUGUAUAAACCCUUCAAUUGACCGAUGUCGACGUCGGGGCAGCACCAGUUCCGGUAUACGCAGACGCCGUCGAAGGUCCUGCACAUGCGAAACCUGCCGUGGGAGUGCAUCGAAGAGGAGCUCGUCGAGCUCUGCAAGCCCUUCGGCAAGAUAAUCAAUACCAAGUGCAAUGUCGGCGCUAAUCGCAACCAGGCCUUCGUUGAAUUCGCAGACCUAAACCAAGCAAUUAAUAUGGUUACAUAUUUUGCUUCAUCUUCUGAGCCAGCGCUAAUUCGUGGAAAAAAUGUUUACAUUCAAUAUUCUAAUAGAAAUGAAAUUGUCAAUAACAAAAGUCCAGGGGAUACUCCGGGAAAUGUCUUGCUGGUAACUAUUGAGGGAGUAGGAGCUGGAGAUGUCAGCAUUGAUGUUAUUCACUUGGUGUUCUCAGCUUUUGGAUUUGUGCACAAGAUUGCUACUUUUGAGAAGGCUGCAGGUUUUCAGGCAUUGAUCCAAUAUACUGAUGUUCAGACUGCGGCUUCAGCAAGGGAGGCAUUGGAUGGAAGAAGCAUACCCAGGUACUUGCUUCCAGACCAUGUUGGUUUAACCCAGUUGCGCAUCUCAUACUCUGCCCAUACAGACCUGAAUAUUAAGUACCAAUCUCAUCGGAGUAGGGAUUACACAAACCCAUAUCUUCCUGUUAACCCGACUGCUAUUGAGGGUUUUGUUCAGCCUACUGUAGGUCUUGAUGUAAAGAGAAUGGAACCUGAGGGUAAUGUGCUUCUUGCAUCUAUUGAGAAUAUGCAAUAUGCUGUCACAGUGGAUGUUCUUCACACGGUGUUUUCUGCAUUUGGCACUGUUCAUAAAAUUGCCAUAUUUGAGAAGAAUGGGGGAACACAAGCACUGAUUCAGUAUCCUGAUGUCGCUAUGGCUGCAGUUGCGAAAAAUGCCCUAGAAGGACACUGCAUAUAUGAUGGUGGCUAUUGCAAGCUUCAUCUAACAUACUCCCGUCAUUCUGAUCUCAAUAUAAAGGCAUACAGUGACAAAAGUAGAGAUUACACAGCUCCCGAAUCAGGUUUGGUUGCAAUACAGCAGGCGCCUGGUGCUACCACAGCAACACCUUGGCAGAAUCCUCAGGCCUCUCCAAUGUUCCCUCGGGGUGAGUUUCCUGCUGAUGGUGCUGUACCUGCUCAAGCUCCCGGGAGUCAAGUGCCUUCAUGGGAUCCAAACAUGGGGGCAGGCAGACCAACCUUUGUUUCAGUUCCAAACGCAUUUCAUGGGCAGAUGUAUCCACCGGCUUCAGCCCCUGACCAUGUUACUGCAGCAACUCCUGCUGCUUCAUUGCCGCCGGUGCAAAUUGGACAAAUGAGUCCUACUUUGCCUUCUUCAGGAGUAUCUCAACGUGUGGGUCAGGCUAAUGUGCGACCUGGUGGUUCUUUGCCUCCAGGUCAGCCUUCUUACUAUCAUUAAUUGGUUGGUUAGUUGUACCAUCUAUAAUGGCUCUCUCUCUCUCUCUCUCGGCCCAGAAUGGUUUUGCAAGGGGAAAGAAAAUUAUUUGAUUUGCAGUUACUAGAAUCUAGUGUAUCCCUAGCUUUGAUAAAUGACUUAAUGGUGGUGCCGCCUUGUAUUGUCAAUGAUUUAGCUCCAAAUCUGGCACUAGAAACUCUUUCCUCCUUUUUCUGGCUUUUGGUUUGAAAGUUUACAUUAAGUUUCUAUACAUUUUUUUGGGUCGUAAAUUUUAGAUUCUACAUCUUUAUAUGAUAUUCAAGUUCCUUCAAAUGAUAAAA